UUGCCUUUUGUUUCCUUGUUGACUACUUCCAGGUUCACAAUGCACUUAUAUAGGGUAGAUCGGCUUAGCGUUUUCGUUUGUAUCCUGGCACAUGGUAUCAGCAUGCAACUUGUAUCUGGGAACAAAUUGAUAGAGAAAUACGAAGAGCUGACUUCCGAUAGAAUUAGCUACACCUUCAACUCACGACACUCAAGACGUAGUGCGAUGUACACUGCAUCCGCUGACCACUUGGACGAUGAUUUGGUCAUUCGGUUGGUCCUCUCUGGAAAUCCUUACUCGCUGCUACUCACUAAAGUCCAGCCGCCGGUGAGACGCCAUAACAACGUAACUGUGAAUGGAAAGCGAGUAGACGUGGACAGGUUCUACUCUGGUUUCGUAUCCGGACUGGCAUCGAAAUCGUCAGUUAGUGGCUUCAUAAACUCCAAGGGAAACUUCGAAGGUCACGUGACGAUCAGAAAUGUGACGUGGAUUCUGGAAUCUACCGAAGUAAUUUUUGGAAAAGAUUUGGACGAGGAUGUCAAAGAGCGGAGUCCAACUGUUGCUUUCAAAGAAACAGAUCUGAGUCCUGUGAACUUCAACGGGCUAUGCGGCAACAGCGGGGGAGAAAAAAGGCUGCCUCAGGAUUUCAAAUUUGACCGGCCCCAAAGAGACACCGUAACGUCAGCUCCUAGUCAUAACACGUGUGAAAUAUUAGUGGUCGUUGAUCAUAAGUUUAGCAAAGCAUAUAACGAUAAUUUCAACGAUAUCACCCAUGCAGUUUCAUAUUUCGUUAAAGAGGCCGAUAACAUUUUUGAAAACACAGUUUUCGAUGGGAAAAAAGGCUACGCAAUAACAAUUGGAAGGUUCGAAAUAUUCACUGAAGACAGAGUUAACGACGAUGACUAUCCGUUCAAAAAUUUGGGCGAAAAUGUGGGCUCAGGAGAUUUCCUGAGAGCUCUUUCGGAGAAAAGUAGAAAUACUCGCGAUUGGAACAGUGACUACUGUUUGGUGUUUGCGUUCACCGAUCGCGAUUUUGACAAUGUUUUGGGUGAAGCUUACACUGGAGGAACUUAUGGGGGUAUCUGCAAACUGUAUCGACAAGGUGUGGUGACAAUGAAGCUUCAAGGUGAGCGAAGAUCCAAGUUGUUAGUAUCUCUCACCUUCGCUCAUGAGGCAGGUCACUCGUACGGGGCGUCACACGACUCCGACGGAGCAUGCAUGCCCGGUGGCACGGAAGGAAACUACUUAAUGCACCCGAGCUCCCAGCCGGGUUCCUACGACAACAACAUCCUAUUCUCCCCCUGUUCCAGAGAGGAGAUCGGACGGCAUCUGGAAGAAAGUGGAUCGAGUGCGUGUUUCGUCCAGCCGAAAGGAGAGUUUUGCGGCAACAAUGUGGUGGAGGGAGACGAGGACUGCGAUUGUGGCUUCGCUGAUCCCGAUGGCAAGUGUUACGACAAGUGUUGUCAGCCUGCUUUUGCCGAGUUCAAGGCAACACAAUGCAAGUUGAAUGGAAAUGCGCGCUGUAGUCCGACAGCCGACGACUGCUGUAGCACCGACUGUCAACCUCUCGGCUCAAAUGUUCCGUGCGGACAGAGUGACGAAUGUGCAGUUCCGAGGAGUUGCCCCGGAGGAACAAACUCGAAGUGUCCUGAAAAACAGAAUAGAGACAAUGGCCAAUUGUGCAGCAAUGGGUCCAAAUCGUGUGUUGAUGGCAACUGUGUAGGAAGUGCAUGUUUAUCUCUUGGAACGAACUAUGAACAAUGCUCGUGUGAUGCCGACGAAAUAGAGAACUCAAAGGAAGUUAACUGCGUAGUGUGUUGCCGAGAGGCGAAUCCGGGUGCUGGGAUUUGCCAACCCAUUAAUGUGAUCGCACCAGAGCAGUGGGCGGACACUCUGCACAUAGGAGAGGGCGAUAUUUGUAGUUCUAAUGACGGAUAUUGUGACGUGUACCACAGGUGCAGGUCGUUUGUAGAAGAGGGAGCUCUGUUGAAGCUGAUAUCACAGCUGUUCAAUGCAGACAAGUGGUCUGACUUUGCGUUGCAGUAUUGGUGGGCCAUCAUUCUGGUAGCCAUAUCUCUAAUCAUAAUUGUCUCAGUGUUUGUCCAUUUCACCGCAAUCUACACGCCCACUCAAAACCCCAAUGUGAAACAAUACCAAGGACCCAAGUCUUAUAUGACGAAGCGGUAUGCGGGAAUGAGAGAAAGUCGAAGCAGGAAAAGCGAGUACGACGCUUCGGAUGCAGCCAAUCAGAAUGAAACUGAAAAGGAGAGGAGAUCUAGAAUGGCGCGGAUGACCAAUCAGAAAAGACACGUGGUCGUACCUUCUGGCGUGGAUAGACAAGCCAGCAGAAGCUAAAUCAAGAUAGACGAUAUAAAAAAUUGAAAACGCUAUGACUGCAUAUUUAAUAUGCGAAUCCCUGGCUUUAUCCUUGCUCGUUCUAUUUACACUAAACUAGUGUAUUAGUGCGAUUUGUUCAUUGGGGCUUUUGGCAGGUUUUUUUUCGGUCAGAACACAUUUUUUUAAAU